AUGUCUGAAGAUCAAGAAAUUUCUUCCUUUCUGAUCGAUUCAUACGUACUUGAAUCCAACUCAAAUGUACCUAAUUCUAACCAGGCAUUAACUAUCACUGCUCAAAAUCUAUCUAUUAUUGGACAAUCAAAUUCAAGAUUGCUAAAUCCAUUUAGAGGGUCAACUAUCAUUCCUCAGAACGCAACUAUUUUUGCCAAACAAAUAGAUAUUGGUACUAACCUGAAGUUUUCAUUUCGGAUUCAUUCUUCGAAUGAUCCAGAAGUUAAUGAGACAAUAGAAAAUUUUAUGAAUGAAGUGGCAAUUGAUGCAAUUGAUAGGUUUAUAAACAAGCCCGACAGAUCUGAUGGUAUACCCGAUGAUGUUUUGGAUUAUCUUCGGUCAAAAGGCAUUAAAAAUAGGAAGAGUAUAAUUAGCAAUGAUAUUGCUUAUUCAUAUUUUAAAAAAAAUAGAUAUAUUAAUGAGUAUGUACACGAACCAGAAAAAAAUGUUCAAUUAAUUUCAGUAAAUAUUGAUGAUAUACCCUUAGACAAAGUUGAUGUGGUAUAUGGAGAUAACUAUACAACAUUGAAUGUUAAGAAGGGUUUUGGUAUAUCUAAAUUAACAGAUGGGGGAAAAACAAUAUGGAAAUCAAAUGAGUCUUCAAAAUGUGCCAAACAAGUUCUAUUGUACAAUAAAGGUGAUAAGUACUAUGCAUUCUUAUUAUUAAAUGAUAUGAAAUUGGUAUCAUUAGAGAGAACACGUUGGCUUAAAAUAUGGAAAAGAAAAACAGCCCCAAACAAGUUUAAAAUCAAACAUUUAUAUGCUAUAAAGUAUAACGAUUGUGGUGCUUCAAUAUUCGAGUUCGUUACUGAGUUCGUUGGACAUUUUUUGAUCAUCUUCAUGCCAUUCCCAUCAAAAAGGAUUACCUACAAUCAGUCACUUGUUUUCGAAUAUAACGGUAACUAUCCAUUAUUUUUAUCAGUUGACUUGUUGACUUGUCAGAUAAAAACCCAUCUGUGUCAAAAUAAGACAAAACAUUAUUUAGCCCAAUUUCAGUUGGGACAUGAGCUAUCUGAUUUAGAGAAGCGUGGAGAAGAAGAUAUCCCAGUUUUGGAAAAUACUGGAGAACUUAUUAGUAUCCAUGAAACUAAAGAAAUGGAUGAAGGAAAUAGUUCUGAAAAAUUAACAAAUGAAUUAAGCGAUGGUUAUACAAAAUCACCAACCACUAAAAAUUCAAAUUCCGAUGGUUCUUUAACUCCAGAAAAUCAACAGAAAUUUGAUAGUGAAAGUGCUAACAAUUGUGACACUGAAGGUAUAAAGAUUCAAAUUGUGGAAGUUAAUAUUAAUGAAAGAGAUCCUGAAUAUUAUUUUAGAAUAGCAGAUGGAAAUUCUAGGUAUUACAGGGCCAAUGAAAAUGUGCUAUUUGAUAAAGUAAUAGAUGGGAAGAAAGUGAUUUGGAAAAAGAAGAAAAAUGGUCUCUUGGCAAAAGAAGUCUACUUUUAUUUUGAUGAUAAUGUCAAAUGGGUAAUAAUUCUUUUGGAUAAUAAUACAUUGAAAUUCUACCACAAGCCAUCAGAUGGUGAGGAGUGGACUGAUGUUUCAACAAAGAUGAUAAGUACUGAUAUAUUAAAGGUAAUUAAUAAAAAUUCGGGAAAACAAUCAAGAAUGGAUUUGAAUUUUGAUUUCUUCAGUUCAUUUUGUUUAAUUGAUCUCGGUAACGCUGUUAGUGUAGGUUACAAAGAUUAUGUUCAGUAUUUUAAGGAAUUUGGCAUUGAGCAUUCAGUUUGGCUAUUGUUCGAUAUUUUGACAAAAAGUGUUCACUUUAUGGAGUUUAUUUUGGAGACCCAGAAUCAGCUAACCAACCAGCAUUAA